AGAAGGAGGAGGGGGAAGGAACAUCUUUCAAGAUGGCUACCUUUCAGUACCAAUAGAUUGGAAGAACUGAGGUCGAGUUGUCAAGUGAUGAAAGUGAAUUUUCGUGGCCAGGACAUGGUUCCAAGCCCAGGCAAUGCUGUGCACUGCCCUCUUGUUACCCUCAUCUCCUGCCUGGGCUUUUGAAAAGCCAGAAUUCAUCUACCAAGUCUUGGAACCUUGAGGCUAGUUUCAUCCACCCACACGUUUGAAAGCUCCCUUCCCUGCCCCCAGGCCCUCCUUCUCUCCUCCCCUCACCCUCCCUAGCUCCUCUGCCUCCUAGUUCAAAAGCAUCCAAACUCAGAGGCCUGCAGACAGCCCUGAGUUCAUCUCUCAAAGCGGCUACCAGAGAAGAUCCAGAAUGAACGGCUUCCUCCUCGUCGUCACCAUCAGUCUCCUGGUGGCAGUUCAGAUACAAACAGGAGUCUUGGGACAGAAUGAGAGCCAGGUGAAGCCUCCGACUCCUUCAGUCGUCACUGUCAAACUCCCUCCGAAACCCGCAAAGAGUGACGCCCCGUCCCUCAUCAGUGUGGGUGCCUGCGGCUUCUUCUUUUUUGCCAACACCUUCAUGUGUCUCUUCUACCUCGGCUGAGGUGACGAUGUCGCUUCCACAGCCCUAUGCUCCCCAGACCGCUGCCACCAUCAGUAGCAAGAGAUACCCCAACCCAGUCCUUGGAAAGGGUUGACACCAGAGAUCCCAGGAAGUUGAAAUUGAUGGCCAAUGGCCAAAACGGGGAGGUACGAAUGAGAGGGG